UAAAGUGAUAGUGACACUGUGGACAGAAAGGGGAAACUGAACUCGUCACAGAGGAAACUCCCACAGACUUCUCAAAAGUGUUAGUGAGGAACCGGCUGACAAGAAGGAAGCGCUGGUGACAGACGGACAAAGGAAAUCCAGUCUUCAUCAUGUGAGACUCACCUCAUCUACAGAUGCAAUGUGAAGUUUCCUAAAACAAACUGAGAAAAAAAGAGGCUCCUGGCCCUGUCUGUUCCCAGGAAUGAUGCCUCUCUUCUGGGUUGCGCUUUGGUCAACGCUCUCUCUUUCUCUGGCACUCUCCUCUGGUCCAGAUCGCUGUACUGUCCAUGAGAGUAGCAGCUUACAGAGCGAGUCACCAUUGCUGAAAUCCUUACAGUGCCAUAACGACUACGAAUCCUAUGUCCUCUGCAAGUGGAGGGAACACAGAAACACAACUCUGCAGCUUUGGUUCAAGACAGAAAAAAACAGGACGCUGUGUGCGCCCUACGGUGCUGCAGUACAAGAAGCGAGCGAGUACAGGACUGUCCAGUGUAGAUAUAAUACUCGUACAUUUUCCAUCGGCAUCAAUCACACAGUCUUUUUCCUCAAGGAGAAGACACUCUGCUCAUCUGACCCACACAAGCCUCUGGAGCUUUUACAGCACUUGAGAGCACGUCCACCUGUGAAUCUGUUCACACAUGAUGCAGGUGAUGGAGGCCGACAGCUCAGCUGGUCCAGCCCCUACCCCCCCUCCUCCUCCUUAAACCAAAAAAUCAUGUAUCAGCUCAGCUACAGGACAGAGACACAGGACAACUGGACGACUGAGUACGUCACAAACACCAGCACAAAACUAGAUAAGCAAUUGUUGCUUCCAGGUCGCAGGUAUGAAGCCAGGGUGAGGGCCCGGGCCAGCGUGGGUCACUGGAGCCUCUGGAGUCCUGUGUUGACCUGGCAGACUGAAGACGAACCUGAGCAGGUUCCCAGUUUGCAUUGUGUGCUGGAUGGAGAGAAGGAGGUGAUGUGUAGCUGGGAGGUGAGCGGAGAGCUGGCUCACUUCAUUACAUACCAGUUGGCUUGUCGACACAACCAAACUGCACAGUCUGAGGGUUGCUGUGUGAACCCAACUGUCACUUCUGACCUCAGCGGGACGGUGCUGAGGUACAGCUGCUCACUGACUGUCGCAGACCCUGCACAUCUGAUGGUGGAGCUCCUACCACCACUCAAUGGAAAGAGUUUCAAAGUCCACCAACACAUUCGUCCCAAACCACCAGAGAAGGUCCAGGUGAAGGAAAAGGUCAGCAAGUGGAUAGUGGAAUGGACUAACCCAAACAAAGCUUCAAAUCUCGAACUGUAUUAUCAGGUCUGCUAUUACAGGGCACAUGAUCAGGGAUCCUCUUUCCUGCUGAACGUUUCAGGGGGGUCCAUGUCUCUGACCAUCCCGGACAGUUCUCUGGCCCCAUCCCAGCGCUACCAGGUCAAGGUCCGGUCACUACUCGUCCCUGAUUCCGUCUACAAGGGAAUCCCCUCUGAAUGGACCCAGCCUGUCGACUGGACCUCGCAUGAAGCCUCCUGGUCCCCAACCGCCCUGAUCUAUGUCUUUAUCUGUGUGUGUGUGAUCACAGUCUUCUUCACAUUCUACUGCACCAUUCCAGCUUGUCGAAGGAGGGUAGUUCUGUGGGUGGACUCAGUUCCUUCACCAGGUAAAAGCAAAAUCCUGUCUGAGAUCAAGUCAGCCAAUAGCUGGACCCUCAUGCAGAGCGAGAACACGUCCAUGUGCAGAGUGCAGCACAUGGACAGCGUAUCGACAUGCUCCUCAGACAUUUCGCUGUGGCCGACCAAAGACAGUGAAAAAAAGCUUUUGGAGCAGGGCGAGGGCUGCUGGAGGUGUGAUAACCUGCCUUCCCCUGCUGAGAAGGUUAACAGCUCUGACACAUCCUCCAUGAGCUUCAGUGGGCCGUACAUCUUCUGCCUGUCACCAGACCUGAAAUGCAAGUCAGUGGAUGUCAAGUGUGAAGAGGAAGAGCCAGAAAAAGAAACCCCCUCAGGUGACUCUUCAUCACCUUCCCCUGUGAAUUUCGGCCUUUUCGGGGAAGGUUAUGUGUGUCUGCCCAGCCGCAGCGUCUCCAGGUCCACACAGGAUCUUGUAUUUCACAGCGAUGCCAACACAAACGCACACAGGCACGACAGCGCUGAGCAGGACCAACAGCGUCUAGAUGAGACAGAUGACCAGACAGGCCUCAGCGAGCCCACCAGCAGCCACCAACCUCCAGCCUACACCUCAGGACUUUUCACUCCCUGGCCUCAAGAGGACACCAUACAGGCCUCAGGGUACUGCCACCUCCCCACAGCCCACAUGACAGCAGAAAAGUAACCUGCAGCAAGCAAAGGAAGAGCAUUUCAAGGGGGACCUAUCAGGCUUUCUCAGCAGACAUAGCAAUCAGUCAGUGUUUUGGGUUUUUUUUUAACAUAAGCUUUGCACUUUAUUUUAAGCCUUUUAUGUUUCCAUGUGAAAAAAUUCAAUCAUUGGGUAUACAUAAAUGGGUUUUUAAACAUUAGAAAGGAUUUUUAGGAAACAUUUUGCUCAGUUUUAUGUCUUGUCUGACCUACCAUCAGGUUGGAUGUCUGACCAAUGGAGGGCAGUAGUGAGCUGAGCCUGUGACUGCGGUGCAAGUAAAUCUAAGGGGAUGGAAUUCCCCUAUGGUGCACAAAGUAAUUAUUUCUUUUUGAACUUUUUUGGAAGCUUCCUGACACAUUUUAGGUCAAAAUUAAAUUAACAAAUAUAUUACAAUACAACUGCAGUGCAUACAAACUAGUUCAGAAUUUUUAAUUCAAUGGUAAGAUUUUCUCAGCAAGAUACAAUUAUUUACUUCCUUGUAUAUUUUUUCCAGCCAUGUAAGGCAUUUCACCAACAUAUCUAACCGCAGGCUCUUAAGAACUGUGUUGAAAUGUGGUCUGUUUUAUUACUUCCUCAAAUUUACUGUCUCUCUCACAGCUGAGGUAAGAAGCAGAAUUAUACAGCAUCUCAUGGAAAAGGUGUGUAACUUUGCUGAUUGCCAUAUUCGUUGUGGUUAUGUAUGCACGUUUGCACAAAGGUGUGCGAGUUAGGACCUUGUUCUCAAUGUUCUUGCCAUUUGUGUUGCUAAAUAUAGAGUAUAUUAUCUACACGUUGAUGUGCUGAUACUGCUAUGUUGCGUGGCAUUGCCACUGGCACUGUAUGCAAGUUUUUGUUCAAGAGAAUUCAAAUAUGUUAAAUCUACUUUUAAUGCAUAUACUUAAAGUAGGCCUAUAGAUGUAUUUCGAUGUCAGCAAUGUAUGAGUAAUCUGACUGCACUUUUGUAUGGUGAUAGUAAACUUGUAAAAUGUUUUAAAAA